CACAGGGAUCUACAUUGGGGUAAUAUUACAAUAAAACCCACGAAAAAUAAGGUUGUAACAUAUGAAUUACCCUCAGCGGAAAUCAAUGUACAAGUUCCUACAUGUGGCAUACGUGCUUUUAUAAUUGAUUAUACAUUGUCUCGUAUGCAACGCGGGGAUGAGAUUAUUCACGUUGAUAUUUUAGAUGAAGGGUAUUUUACUGGCCAAGGUGAUUAUCAGUUCGAAAUUUAUCGCAUGAUGCGUGAAGAGACCAAGGGUAAUUGGAAGUCAUUUUGCCCAAAGACGAAUGUAUUUUGGCUGCAUUAUCUUGCAGAUAAACUCUUGACUUCUAAAAAGUUACCAAGACCAAGGAAAACCAAUGAACAAUACCGAUAUUUCGAUGCAAUUGUUCGGUUCAAGAAACGUGCGUUACAUAAAGGAGGUUACAAAAGCGCGAUUGACGCGAUGAAAAAUGAUGACUUCUGGCAGAUAUAG